CUUCUUCCGAGUCACGGAUUUUUUAACAAAUGACUUUUUAGCAGCAAUGAUGAAAUAGUAAAUGACAACUUCAAAUAGGCUACCACAUAUGGAAGUUUCUCGUCAAAGAAUAUCUUCAAGAAUCAUAUUUGGAAUCAUUUACUUUUCACCAUUUUGACUUGAGAAUAUAGACCUUUGGGAUAUCAGCAUCAGGCAUGCAACUGUGUAGAAGCAAUGCUGUUUGUCUUCUGAGGCUGUAAGAGGUCAUCGAGGCUGCAUAACUUCUGCCUGCUCCUCCUCUGGAAGUUUCAAGUAAACCAAGCAGCCACAUGAAUUGGCAAACAACUCCAGCUGAGAACCUUACGUCUAAUGUCAUCCACUUUUGAGAUGACGCCUACCCUAGCCACUCACUGACUGCAUCCUUAGGAAAGCCUGGCAGGAACCUUGUGGAGCCCAGGAAACAUCCAGAACCAUAGAGAUGAUAGGCAGUUGAUUGCAGUUUUCAUGUGUUAUUAAGUUGGGCAUAAGAUGAAGAAGUUUGAAUGAUACCUUUCCUAAUUUCCUUACUUCAGGAAAAUGGUCUCAGACAUCACACAAGCCUUCCAGAAAGAACCCAUCUGCCUCUUCUGUCUGAACUAAUGUGUAGACCCCAUCGCCACAGGCUGCAGCCCCAGCUUCUGUAGGCCCUGUCUCUGCCUUUCCUAGGAAGAAGCCAAAAUUCCUACCUGCUGCCCGCAUGCUGGGAACUGUCACAGCAAGAGGACUUCAGAAGAAAUAUUCUUCUGAAGAAUCUAGUGUCCAUUGCCAGAAAAGCCAGUCUCUGGCAAUUCCUGAGCCCUAAUGAACAAAUGUGUGGGAUCCACAGGGAGACAAAGAAGAUAUUUGGAGAGGUGGAAAAAGAGUCUGAUUCAUUUGCUGUGCUGGAACUCUCAGGAGCAUGGGGCUCACACACACUGUGAGGGGCAGCUAAGGAACACUGGAAACUUAAUCAUCUAUGUUAACACCCACCUACGCCCUGUGAAAUGCAACCAAUUGGAAGAAAGGGGUGUGGUCUUCAGAGAUUUAUAAACCGACACUUCAGGAGCCAAGCUCAUUCUUCUCCAGAGCCCACAGAGCAGCUUUGCAACUGGCUUUGGGGACUUCUGAAAGCUACCAGCACUGCACUGUGAGACUCUCAUCUGUGAGCUGAAUUCAUCUGAUUCGACAGCAAGCUUUGGUGAGAACAUAAAUAUAUUUCUGAGGAAAAUGGACUCAGACUUCUCAUAUGCCUUCCAGAAGGAACUCGCCUGUGGCAUCUGUUUGAACUACCUGGUAGACCCUGUCACCAUCUGCUGUGGGCACAGCUUCUGUAGGCCCUGUCUCUGCCUUUCCUGGGAGGAAGCCCAAAGUCCUGCAAACUGCCCUGCAUGCAGGGAACCAUCACCGAAAAUGGACUUCAAAACCAAUAUUCUUCUGAAGAAUUUAGUGACCAUUGCCAGAAAAGCCAGUCUCUGGCAAUUCCUGAGCUCUGAGAAACAAAUAUGUGGGACCCACAGGGAAACAAAGAAGAUGUUCUGUGACAUGGACAAGGGUCUCCUCUGCUUGCUGUGCUCCAACUCUCAGGAGCACGGGGCUCACAAACACUAUCCCAUCGAAGAGGCAGCUGAGGAACACCGGGAGAAACUCUUAAAGCAAAUGAGGAUUUUAUGGAAAAAGAUUCAAGAAAAUCAGAGAAAUCUAUAUGAGGAGAGAAGAACAGCCUUCCUCUGGAGGGGCGAUGUGGUUUUACGGGCACAGAUGAUCAGGAAUGAGUAUAGGAAGCUGCAUCCGGUUCUCCAUAAGGAAGAAAAACAACAUUUAGAGAGACUGAACAAGGAAUAUCAAGAGAUUUUUCAGCAACUCCAGAGAAGUUGGGUCAAAAUGGAUCAAAAGAGUAAACACUUGAAAGAAAUGUAUCAGGAACUAAUGGAAAUGUGUCAUAAACCAGAUGUGGAGCUGCUCCAGGAUUUGGGAGACAUCGUGGCAAGGAGUGAGUCCGUGCUGCUGCACAUGCCCCAGCCUGUGAAUCCAGAGCUCACUGCAGGACCCAUCACUGGACUGGUGUACAGGCUCAACCGCUUCCGAGUGGAAAUUUCCUUCCGUUGUGAAGUAACCAAUCACAAUAUCAGGCUCUUUGAGGAUGUGAGAAGUUGGAUGUUUAGACGUGGACCUUUGAAUUCUGACAGAUCUGACUAUUUUGCUGCAUGGGGAGCCAGGGUCUUCUCCUUUGGGAAACACUACUGGGAGCUGGAUGUGGACAACUCUUGUGACUGGGCUCUGGGAGUCUGUAAUGACUCCCGGAUAAGGAAGAAUAGCACAAUGGUUAACACUGAGGACAUAUUUCUUCUUUUGUGUCUGAAGGUGGAUAAUCAUUUCAGUCUGUUGACCACCUCCCCAGUGUUUCCUCACUAUAUAGAGAAACCUCUGGGCCGGGUUGGUGUGUUUCUUGAUUUUGAAAGUGGAAGUGUGAGUUUUUUGAAUGUCACCAAGAGUUCCCUCAUAUGGAGUUACCCAGCUGGCUCCUUAACUUUUCCUGUCAGGCCUUUCUUUUACACUGGCCACAGAUGAUCAGGAUUAAGAAAACUUACUGUUUGGGAACUCCAUAUACAAGGGAGCCCUUCACUGUUGAUACAAAGAAAUCAUACUGUUCAGGCUUUUUUGUACUUUAGUGUCACUUCAUUUUAUUGCUAUUAAAUAGAAAAUUUGUAAAAUGCAAAGUUUUUGUACAUUUUCUUACAAUUAAAAUAAUCUCUUAUGGCCCAUUACCUGAAAUAUGUAUUGUG